GUUCCCUAUGGCAAAGGUAAAGUCCAACUGAUCCGGCUGCGAAAUCCCUGGGGUCAUGCGGAAUGGAACGGCGCAUGGAGAGAUGAUGGCCCUGAAUGGAAUGACGUUACUAACGAAGUGAAAAGGCUCUUCUCAAUAAGAUGGAAGAUGGGGAGUUUUGGAUGCCGUAUGCAGACGUGGUGAAAGAGUACAACACUGUGGAGAUUUGCUACGUGGCUUCCAGCUCUGGGGUUAACAUGAAGGAGCCGCACUGGAGCCUGACUCAGACAGGGGGGAGCUGGAAUAAGGGGAAUCCUGCAGAGACAUUUUUGGCCGACCCACGGUUCCGCUUUAAGCUGGAGGUGCCUGAUGAGGACCAGGCGGCAGCGGGAGAUGCGGCGCUCUGUACCGUCAUUGUCGCUCUGAUGCCGAGGACAGCCCCUAAGGACAACAACCUUGAUUUUCAAUUGUACCAGCUCCCUAAAGAGGUUUCCGCCCAGGUCCUAGUAAAGGAUCUGAAAUCUAUAAAGGACAUAAACGCUAAUCAGAGGAACAGUAGGAAGACAGCACAUUUCCGGGUGCCUAGGGGAGAGUACCUGAUUGUCCCCAAACCUUCUGAUCCCAAUCAAAAUAUAGAUUUUUCCAUCCGAAUCUUCUCCAUGAAAAAGGGUGGAGCUGCCUGAGUACCAACACAUGGAGAGGAUGCUGGAGACUCAAAUAUAUCUGAAUAUGCUUGUGUGCCUAAACAUGUCGGUGUUUUGAAGUAACUGCAGCUUUUGUGCGCUUUGGGGUGUACCUGGGGCUUUUGAAAACCAAAUAAGCAGCAUCCUGCUCCUCAACUACUCUGCCCCCCUUGUUGUAGCUGUAGCUCAGGGUUUGUGGGCAGUUUAGAGAGCGAGUCUGUGUUUAGCAAACUAAUUAAUUCCCUCUAUAUACCAAGAUAGCAGAUAUAGGCUUAAUGACAAACUUUCCUACCUGGAUAUUCUGCAUAUCCACAUGCUUCUUGCAUUUCUGAAUAUAAGUGGGAACUGCCAAGCUGUUUUCCCUCAAUUAAACCAAAUAAUGACCAGAUAGUCAUAACGAAAGUCCACAUGUGGUUUGCACCAAGACUACUGAUCUUCCAAUCCAAUCAGCAGGUCACCUGAUGAAAUUAAACUUCGAAUUGGUUGCUAGAGGUCCAACCUUUGCAAUUGUCAUUAUAUUACCUCCAAAUUAUGCGAUUGGCAGAGUAGGCCCAGACUUGCAGAGUGCAUAAAUAUGCUGUUGUCCUGAGAACACAUAUCAAAAUAAAAAAUAUGCUUAAUACUCAUUAUUAAAUAAGUGUGUGAAGUGGUGCACAAUAAAAGAAUAAAUAUAAA